AUGCUGCACAACUGCAGCGUUCGCAAAGAGCCACAUCCGAAAGCCAAGCUCAUUACCAAGAAGUCGGCUGGAGCGCGCCUGUACGCCAGCUGCCGCGUGACGCUUGGAGGAUGGCAGAAGCUGGUGGACGAGGAUGGCUGGGCUCAACUGGGGCCCGGAGCGGCGCAGUGCGACGAAAGUGCGACGGCCCCGGAAUUGAAGCGUUGCUUGGAGUCUGCCAAUCCAGGUUUCACUCCAAUGGAGGAUCGCCCGACCUCUGGCGAGAGUAAUGAUGUCAACAUGCUGCGCUUCCACGUCCUGGGCUUGUCGCGCUUCCGGCGCUUGGAGACGACGCGCAUGGUGAGCGGGCAGUUGCUGACGGACGGCUUGCAACCUGUGUUCAGAUACACUAGCAGCAAUGAGGGCUGGCAACUGGUGAAGGGAGAGAUCGGGAUGCUUCGAAUGCCUGAUGGAAUGAUUGCCUUCACUUUCGAUGCUCGUUUCAGUGCUUCUUAUGAGACUCUCAAGGAACUCUACUUCGCGCUCACCUUCCCUUAUUCGCUCGGUCGGAUUUACAGUCACCUGCAAACGGUGCUCCCACGCUUUGUGCAGAGUGGCGCCUAUGUGAAUCGUGAAGAGCUCACUAAGUCGCUGGGAGGCUAUCCUAUCGAGCUUCUGACCAUCACCGAGCGGUCAAAUCGCUCGGCGCAGCGCCUGCCGCUACUGCCGGAGCUCAGCUUGGAUGAGCAGGAUCGUCCUUGGAUAUUCCCUGGGCGGCGACCGAUUUUCAUCAGCGCCAGGGUUCAUCCUGGGGAGACUCCAGCCAGUUAUAUGCUGGAAGGUCUUUUAGACUUCCUCUCGUCCUCCUGUGCAGCGGCCAAAGAAUUGCUGCGGCGCUAUGUCUUUUUCGUGAUCCCGGUGCUGAACCCCGACGGGGUUGCCCAGGGACACCAUCGUUUGGACCUUCGCGGGGAGAACCUGAAUCGGGUCUAUGGCAAAGCGACCCUGGAGCACCAUCCUUCAAUUUUCGCGGCUGAACAAGCCUGCCUGAAUGUGCACCAGAAUCAGGGUGGCCUACGUUUGUAUCUUGAUCUGCAUGCGCACAGCAAUCGCCGUGGUGGCUUCUUGCUGGGCGACACCACUGCCGCAGAAGCGCGACUCUAUGGUUGGGCUUUGGGGAGGCAUUGUGGCAUUUUUGAGUAUGCCCAGAGCGAUUUUUCCGAAUCCAAGCGCGGCACUGGGAAAUCGGCGAUGGUCAAGCUGAGCUUUGUCGGAUGGGCUGAAGAACUGGAAGACAAACGUUUGUUGGCUCUUCUCGAGUUGGACUUCUUAGCCAAGCCCAGGCGUAGCCUUUGCCCGUCCUUGCCAGCCUUCCACGCCCGGUACCGGGAAGGGCUCUGGGCGCUGCGGCAACUGGAGGGGCGGCAAAGCGCCCGAGCCGAAGGAGAUGCCUCCCUGCCCCACACAGCGGACGCCGCGGCGUAUGGCGCCAUGGAGUAUUGGCUCGGGCUCCUGUGUGCAGCCUCCGCUGCCGUGGCGUAUGGCGUGCAGUACGCGCCGGUCAAGAAGUACGAGAUCUACGAUGGCAUUACCUUCCAAUGGUUCAUGUGUGCUGGGAUUUUGAUGGUGGGAUUUUUAUCUUCCAUCGUUUUUGGCGACUUUGGAAUGAAGGACAAUGAGUGCCUUCUGAUCGUCUUUGGUGGUGCACUUUGGGCCUUGUCCAACUAUUUGGUCUUGCCCCUUGUGAAGCUCCUCGGAAUUGGCUUGGGGUUCUCCUUGUACCACUUCGUGAACCUGAUGGUGGGCUAUGUGGUGGGCCGCUUUGGUUUCUUUCAGAUGGAGCGUUUGAAAGGCGAUCUCAUGGUUUGCGACUUGGGUUGUUCUUUGAUAUUGAUUUCCUUCGUCGUCAUGGUCUUCGUGGAAGGUGAUUCCCAGCGUCCACGAUCUCAGCGAGUGACAAUCCUGGAGUUGCCACCAGCCAUCUUUCCCAUCGACCACCACUAUCGGGAGAUGUAUCAACGGUGGCGACAAGGAGAGGCUCGUGGUGCACGCGACCUGCCUGAGUCCUUCGUCAUAGAAACAGCCAUGGCAGUGCGCUCCACCAUGUUUGCUCAUGCCGCACUGGAGAGUGGUAGCAACUUGAAGUCGGUGGGUGGCUUCGGUGUGGUCGCCACGCAAGAGGAGCUGCCGUUGGAAGGCCAGAACUUGGUGAGGCCAGAGACCUUGCGACCAUCUCACUCGCCGAUAGUGCGAAGUAACAGCGAGCCGAGCCUGUCUGCUGCCCGGAACUCGACGCCCAGUGUGAGUUCUACAGGGAAGGCCUUGGGCAUCGUGCUGGCGCUUUUCGCUGGAAGUCUCGCGGGAGUUCAGAGUGUUCCUGCAACUUUGUACAAUCAGCGACAUCCAGAGGCUCGUCCGACGGUGGUUGUCUUCCCGCAAUGCCUUGGGAUUUACAUUUGUUCAAGCUUUAUUUACCUCUUGUACGCUGCUGUGGCGCGUGCAUCUGGUUGGUCAAUACCGCAUUCGGCAAUCCGACCACCUUACUUUAGUGGCUGCAUAUGGGCCAUUGGCUUCUCGUUCAUGAUCGUCGGUAUCUCGAUCCUGGGCUUCUCGAUUGGUUAUACCCUGGAUGCCGUGGGACCUAUUGUGGUUGCCAGCAUGCUUUCAAUAUUUGUGUUCAAAGAGAUGACUCAAGGAAAGCAACUGAUGCUGUACUGGGGCUCCUUCACCUUGCAACUGGCCGGUGUGCUCCUGAUGACUUUCUUCAGUGAGCACAAGUAGCGACGGCGAUGCUCAGUGAUUGGCUUAGGGACACAGGUAACUGCUUGCAACACGCAGAUUAACGCUGACAUACGCUUUCAUUGUAAGCC